AUGGCUGGAUGCCGGCCGUUGUUCCAGGAACGUACGUUUCCAGGAUGGCCGGUGGUGAAGGCUUCGUGCUUGCAGGGACCUAUUCUGAGAACUAUCGAACCGUGCUUCCCCUCUACUCUGACCUUCCCUCGUGCCUCCCUUCCCUCGCACUCUCAAAAUCACCAACCUGUGCCUUCCCCUCCCCCACCUUCUUCUCACUCUCUUCCCCUCAGAGUGCUAACGAGCCUGGUGGCGAAAGGGGUCUUCCCUGACACCCUAGUGCUCACAAGCCUGGUGGCAAACGGGGUCUUUCCGGACCCUCUCUUCGGCACCAACACGCGCGACUGCAUUCCUGACAUCGCCCACGCCGGCCGCCCCUUCUACACCUUCCUCUUCCGCCGCUGCUUCCACCUGCCUGCCGCUAAUUCAUCCUCUCAGGCUCUGCUGCACUGCCAGCCGUCCUGCUCGUCUGUAGCUGCUGCUACUGCUGGUGGUGCUGCUGUUGCUGGUGAUAAGGGGUGCUGUGGCCGGGAUGGCUGUAGUGGGUGUGCUGGGUGUGGGUGUGAGAGUCAUGAGUGGGAGCGAGUGUGGCUGUGCUUCCGUGGCGUCAACUACUCACUCUCCGUCUUCCUUAACGGCCGCCAACUCAGCAUCGACCAGCCAGCUGGCAUGUUCCUGCGGCGCCAGCUGGACAUCACUGACCUGGCCAGAAGGGGAGACAUUGGCGAGAGCCAUUGCAGUAAAAUCUGUAGCAAUAGGAGCAAGGGAUGUAGCAGUGAAUGUGGGUGUAACAGGUGUGGCAGCAGCGAGAGCAGGAACCAGUUGGCAGUGGUGGUUAAUCCAGUGGACCACCCGGGGAACGUGGAUGGGGGAGGGCAGGGCGGCGACCACCAGGUGGCCAAGGAUGUCACAGCUCAAUACGUGGAGGGCUGGGAUUGGAUCAUUCCCAUCCGGGAUCGCAACACGGGCAUGUGGGAUCAAGUGCACGUGGCUGUCACAGGGCCCGUGACCAUCGGGGACCCUCAUCUCGUGGCUGUCUUCGCGUCCCAACGCUGCAAUGACACGCAAGCAGAUGGAGCGAAGAGGGAGCAUGCAGAUGGAGCCAGUGCAAAGGAUGAUGUCACCCAUCCAUCAGUUCUUCCCUGCAACACCCACACACACGCGCCUCCUCCUUCCUCCUCCUCCACUCCCGCCCCUCCCGCCCCUCCCUUCUGCCCCUCUGCCGCGUCUCUCCACUGCUCCCUCACCCUCACCAACUCCCUUCCCAUCCCCCUCCGCACGCGCGUGUCUCUCGAGCUUGCCUUCACUCCCGGCCCACACCAGAGGGGCGGUGGAGGGGCGCUUGGACGGGGAGGGGCGAGGGGAUGGGGGGGUGGGGAAGGGGGGAGGGUGAGCGGGGAGGGGGUGUGGGAGGAGGAGGAGGGGGAAGGGGAGGGGUUUGUGAUGGUGGAGGGAGUGAGGGAGGAGGAGGUGGAGGUACCGGGCAACAGCAGCAUCACUCACACAUUCCAGCCGCUACUCGUGUCCCGCCCCCACCUGUGGUGGCCCAAUGGCAUGGGUGCACCGUCGCUGUACGAUGUGGCAAUCACCGCCUCUGUGCUGCACCCCUCCUGCCUCGCAUCCUGCCACCCCACUGGGAAAGCCACAGUGGCAGUGGAUGACCUGUUGUCGUCAGCCUCACCCACUUCCCUACCAACCUCCUAUCCACAUCUCUCCUCACCUUCCCACUCCUCACCUGACUCUUCCUCGCCACAACCCCCCGCGCCUGCCUCUGCAUCCUGGAGCCGGAUUCUCUCUCACACGCUGACUCACAGUCUCGGGCAGGCGAAAAGUUUUGUCAGCUCGGCCUUGUAUGGCAGGGAUGGGGAUGUGGAGAAGGGGGAGGGUAGAGAGCAAGGGGAGGGGGGGUGGAUACAGAGUGACGUGUGGGGCAGCAAGUUUGGGUUCCGACAGAUUGACAGCUAUGUGGAAGAGGGCAGUGGCGGCAGGGUAUUUUUCAUCAACGGCUGCCCGCUCUUCAUACGCGGGACCAAUUGGAUCGUCUCGGACGCGAUGCUGCGCCUCUCAGCGGAGCGCUACUGGGCAGAGAUGAAACUUUUCGCGUGUGCUCGGGUGAACAUGAUUCGCGUGUGGGCGGGGGCUCUCAUGGAACGGCCUGAGUUCUACAACGCCUGUGACCAGCUGGGGAUCCUGGUGUGGCAGGAGUUUUGGAUCACGGGCGACUGCAACGGCCGCGGCCUGCCCCCGUCAGACCCCUCCUGGCCGCUGGACCACCGCCUCUUCCUCUCCUGUGCACAAGACAGCGUCCGCAUGCUGCGCAACCAUGCCAGCCUGGCGCUCUGGGUGGGCGGCAACGAGACCGUGCCCGCUGCUGACCUCAAUGACUCGCUCAAGAGCAUGCUGCGCUUUUAUAAAGCUAAGUCAGACCCAGACCCGUCACUACUGCUGGACGGCACAAGGGCAUACAUAGAGGGCUCCCUAUGGAGCGGCAGCUUUGCCGACAGCCAGGAUCAGGACCCCUCACUACUGCUGGACGGCACAAGGGCGUACAUAGAGGGCUCCCUAUGGGGUGGCUUUGCCGACAGCAAGGGAGGCUGGACGGACGGGCCUUACGGCAUCCAGAACCCUGAAGAUUUCUUCUGCCCGGAUUACUACCCGUACGCGUUUAACCCCGAGAUCGGGUCCGUUGGGGUGCCCGAGGCAGAAAGCUUGCGCGAGUUUUUUCCCGAGAGUGAUUGGAGCCCGCCGGUGUUUGGGAGGGCGUGGGAGGAGUGUGGAGGGGAGUGUGUGGAGGAGGAGAGUGAGGGGUGGAAGGUGCAUACGUACAUACCGUAUGGCAUGGUGGGAGUGGAGUCAGAUGGUGGGGGCGAGGUGGGUGGAGGAGGGGCGAGACGGCAAGCAGGCAGGCAACAGCAAGCAGGUGUGCUGCAGCAAGGAGUUGUUAUUGGAUUGGAGCAGGGGGGAGAAGGAGAGGAAGCGAGGAUGCAGGAGGCAGCAGAAGGGAGGGUGAAAUGGAAGAGGGGGUCGGUGCGAGUGAAGAACCAGAUCCUCACGUAUGGGCCCGUGGAGGGACUUGAUGACUUCUGUGCCAAAGCCCAGCUCGCCAACUACCUGCAGUACCGGUCACUGUUUGAGGCAUGGAGCGCGCGCAUGUGGGAGCGGUACACAGGGGUGUUGCUGUGGAAGGGGCAGAACCCCUGGGGGGGGCUGCGCGGGCAGCUGUACGACCACCUGCUGGCCGCCACUGGAGGGCUGUUCGGCGUGCGCUGUGCCCUGGAGCCCAUUCAUGUGCAGCUGGACUUACACUCGGGCAAAGUGCAGCCCCUUCACGUGCAGUUGGACCUGCACUCGGGGCAAGUGCAGAUGUGUGGUGGUCGUGCAGAUGUGUGGUGCUCGUGCAGAUGUGUGGUGGUCGUGCAGAUGUGUGGUGCUCGUGCAGAUGUGUGGUGGUCGUUUGACUGCGGUAAGCAGUCAGUUGCCACCUGUUUGCGGGCUGUACGGCGUGCGCUGUGCUGUGCGCUGAACUUUAUUCACGUGCCGCAGCACCUGCACUCGGGGCACAUGCAGGUGGUCAACACCACACCCCAUGCUCUCUCCUCCCUCUCUGUGGAAGCUUCCAUCCACCUUCCCAGCGGCCACUGCCUGUGGCACGCCUCCUCCUCCCUCCCCGCCUCUUUCACGCCCCCACCUGCUCCCCACUCACUCGCCUGCCCGCCGUUUUCAUGCACAGAGACUCAGCUUCAGGUGCACCUCCCACGCCUCCCCGUCUCCCCUCCCAGCCCACCCCCCACCGUCUUCCUCCUCCUCCGCCUGCUCCACUUCCCUGACCCUACCACAUCCUCCUCCCAAAAUCUCCCAUCCUCCCCAUACCACACCGGCUCCUCGCCGCACCUCCCACCAAUGCCAUCUAUUUCCGCGGGCAGUCGUGCAACCAAUGCCCGCACAGCAGGGAUGCAUCUACCACCCAGUGAGGCCCAUGGAGGGAGGUCUAUCUGGUGGAGGGCGUAUCUGCUGGUGAGCAAUCCUGUGAAUGGAGGCGUUUUGGAUGGAAGGCAGAGCGCAGAUCGGCAAGGAAACGGAGGAGCAGCAGUGGGGGGGCGCACUGGGACUUUGAAUGAGCCUGCUGCAGGAGUGAAUGAGGACGAGAGCGUUGAUGGAGGUGUGGCGUUCUUUGUCCGUUUCAAUGUGCGCCGGCGGGUGGACGGCAAGAGGGUGCUUCCUGCAGUGUACUCUGAGAAUUACCUCUCGCUGCUACCUGGUGAGGAGGUCACUGUACAGGUGGAGUUCGCUCAUGAGCCUUGCUCUGCAUGCGUUGAGGGAAGUCCCUCCAGUGGCUCGAGCUGUUCAGGCUGCAAGUGUGACAAGGGAAUAGCCCUUCUCCUAACUCAGGUUGCCAACAUGGGUAAGGAAAAGUUGCACAUCAACAUUGUCGUCAUCGGCCAUGUCGACUCCGGCAAAUCGACGACGACUGGUCAUCUCAUCUACAAGCUGGGUGGGAUUGACAAGCGUGUGAUUGAGCGUUUCGAGAAGGAAGCCGCUGAAAUGAACAAGAGGUCCUUCAAGUACGCCUGGGUGCUGGACAAGCUCAAGGCGGAGCGCGAGCGUGGUAUUACCAUCGAUAUCGCUCUGUGGAAGUUCGAGACCAACAAGUACUACUGCACGGUCAUUGACGCUCCCGGCCAUCGCGAUUUCAUCAAGAACAUGAUUACGGGAACCUCGCAGGCUGACUGCGCUGUUCUGAUCAUCGACUCCACCACUGGUGGUUUCGAGGCCGGUAUUUCCAAGGAUGGUCAGACCCGUGAGCACGCUCUGCUGGCGUUCACCCUUGGUGUGAAGCAGAUGAUCUGCUGCUGCAACAAGAUGGAUGCCACCACCCCCAAGUACUCCAAGGCUCGUUACGAGGAAAUCGUGAAGGAGGUGUCGUCGUACCUGAAGAAGGUCGGCUACAACCCUGACAAGAUUCCCUUCGUGCCCAUCUCUGGUUUCGAGGGUGACAACAUGAUUGAGCGCUCCACCAACCUGGACUGGUACAAGGGCCCCACCCUGCUGGAGGCUCUGGAUCAGGUGUCCGAGCCCAAGAGGCCGUCCGACAAGCCCCUGCGUCUGCCCCUCCAGGACGUGUACAAGAUCGGCGGUAUCGGAACAGUUCCGGUCGGUCGAGUGGAGACUGGUGUGCUGAAGCCCGGUAUGGUUGUGGUGUUCGCUCCCAGCGGUCUGACCACUGAGGUUAAGUCGGUGGAGAUGCACCACGAGUCUCUGCCCGAGGCUGGCCCCGGUGACAACGUUGGCUUCAACGUGAAGAACGUGUCGGUGAAGGAGCUCAAGCGUGGCUUCGUCGCGUCUGACUCGAAGAACGACCCCGCCAGGGAGGCUGCCAACUUCACCUCGCAGGUCAUCAUCAUGAACCACCCUGGCCAGAUCGGUAAUGGCUACGCGCCUGUGCUGGAUUGCCACACGUCCCACAUUGCUGUGAAGUUCUCUGAGAUUAUCACCAAGGUGGACAGGCGUUCCGGCAAGGAGCUGGAGAAGGAGCCCAAGUUUGUGAAGAACGGUGAUGCUUGCUUCGUGAAGAUGGUUCCCACCAAGCCCAUGUGCGUCGAGACCUUCUCCGAGUACCCUCCUCUUGGACGCUUCGCUGUGCGUGACAUGAGGCAAACAGUGGCCGUCGGUGUCAUCAAGAGCGUUGAGAAGAAGGAUCCCUCUGGUGCCAAGGCGAAGGUGUUCACAGUGGGCGGCAGUGGGUUGAGUCCGUGGGGAUACGGCGUGAAGAAGUGGAAGCCCAAGGGCGUCAUUCACGCCGGAGACACUCUCGUGUUCAAGUGGAGGGGCAUCCCGCAUGACGUGUGGAUCAUGAACACCAUGGACGCGUACAACAACUGUGACUUUGGGGCGGCCACUAGGAAGACUGGCAUCACAUCUGUGGGGAAGUACAAGUACAAGGUUCCAGCUUCAGCAAAAGGCACAUCGAUUCUCUUCUCCUGCAGUGUGCCUGGCCACUGCUCCGCAUUCAACAUGAAAGUGGCUGUACCGAUCCAUGCAUAA